AUGCUCGCUCCUCCGAUCUCGACUUCAAUCGACAUCUAUUCAGGGUGGACUACCAUUGCCUUGGCCACUACCCCCUCUCCACAAGCCCAAACAUCGUCAACUACUGGCCUCACCACUUCAAUUCAGCCCCAAACAUCGUCACCAAUUUUCCACACCACCUCAACUCGGCCCCAAACAACAACAACUGUUGGCUCCACCAUCUUAACUCAGCCCCAAACAUCUUCAGCUAUUUGCCACACCACCUCAACUCAGCCCCAUACAUCAUCAGCUGUUGGCCACACCACCUCGACCAAGCCCCAAAAAUCGUCACCCAUUGGCCCCACUACCUCAACUCAGCCCCAAACAUCAUCAACUGUUGGCCACACCACCUCAACUCAGCCCCAAACAUCAUCAACUGUUGGCCACACCACCUCAACCAAGCCCCAAACAUCGUCUCCCAUUGGCCACACCACCUCGACCAAGCCCCAAACAUCGUCACCCAUUGGCCCCACUACCUCAACUCAGCACCAAACAUCUUCAGCUAUUUGCCACACCACCUCAACUCAGCCCCAAACAUCAUCAACUGUUGGCGACACCACCUCAACCAAGCCCCAAACAUCGUCACCCAUUGGCCCCACUACCUCAACUCAGCACCAAACAUCUUCAGCUAUUUGCCACACCACCUCAACUCAGCCCCAAACAUCAUCAACUGUUGGCCACACCACCUCGACCAAGCCCCAAACAUCGUCACCCAUUGGCCCCACUACCUCAACUCAGCACCAAACGUCGUCACCCAUUGGCCCAACUACCUCAACUCAGCCCCAAACAUCGCCACCAAUUUUCAACGCCCCUUGCGACAAAAUCGAAUGCAGGCAUUUUAUUGACGACGAGCAUGCUCUGAGCAUGCUCUCUCCUCCGAUCUCGACUUCAAUCGACAUCUAUUCAGGGUGGACUACCAUUGCCUUGGCCACUACCCCCUCUCCACAAGCCCAAACAUCGUCAACUACUGGCCCCACCACCUCGACUCAGCCCCAAACAUCAUCAACUGUUGGCCCCACCACCCCGACUCAGCCCCAAACAUCAUCAACUGUUGGCCCCACCACCUCGACUCAAACCCAAGCAUCAUCAACUGUUGGCGACACCACCUCGACUCAGCCCCAAACAUCGUCAACUCCGUUGGCCACACCACCUCAACUCAGCCCAAAACAUAAUCAACUGUUGGCCACACCACCUCAACUCAGCCCCAAACAUCAUCAACUGUUGGCCCCACCACCUCGACUCAGCCCCAAACAUCGUCAACUACUGGCUCCACCACCUCGACUCAGCCCAAACAUCGUCAACUACUGGCUCCACCACCUCGACUCAGCCCAAACAUCGUCAACUACUGGCCUCACCACCUCGACUCAGCCCCAAACAUCGUCAACUACUGGCCCCACCACCUCGACUCAGCCCCAAACAUCAUCAACUGUUGGCCCCACCACCUCAACUCAGCCCCAAAUAUCAUCAACUGUUGGCCCCACCACCGCAACUCAGCCCCAAACAUCAUCAACUGUUGGCCCCACCACCUCGACUCAUCCCCAAACAUCGUCAACUACUGGCCCCACCACCUCGACUCAAACCCAAACAUCUUCAACUACUGGCCCCACCACCUCAACCCCAAACAUCGUCAACUACUGGCUCCACCACCUCGACUCAGCCACAAACAUCGUCAACUACUGGCCCCACCACCUCAACCCCAAACAUCGUCAACUACUGGCUCCACCACCUCGACUCAGCCCCAAACAUCGUCAACUACUGGCCACACCACCUCAACUCAGCCCCAAACAUCGUCAACUACUGGCCCCACCACCCCGACUCAGCCCCAAACAUCGUCAAUUGUUGGCCACACCACCUCGACUCAGCCCAAACAUCGUCAACUACUGGCCCCACCACCUCGACUCAGCCCCAAACAUCGUCAACUACUGGCCCCACCACCUCGACUCAGCCCCAAACAUCAUCAACUGUUGGCCCCACCACCUCAACUCAGCCCCAAAUAUCAUCAACUGUUGGCCCCACCACCGCAACUCAGCCCCAAACAUCAUCAACUGUUGGCCCCACCACCUCGACUCAUCCCCAAACAUCGUCAACUACUGGCCCCACCACCUCGACUCAAACCCAAACAUCUUCAACUACUGGCCCCACCACCUCAACCCCAAACAUCGUCAACUACUGGCUCCACCACCUCGACUCAGCCACAAACAUCGUCAACUACUGGCCCCACCACCUCAACCCCAAACAUCGUCAACUACUGGCUCCACCACCCCGACUCAGCCCCAAACAUCGUCAAUUGUUGGCCACACCACCUCGACUCAGCCCAAACAUCGUCAACUACUGGCCCCACCACCUCGACUCAGCCCCAAACAUCGUCAACUACUGGCCCCACCACCUCGACUCAGCCCCAAACAUCAUCAACUGUUGGCCCCACCACCUCAACUCAGCCCCAAAUAUCAUCAACUGUUGGCCCCACCACCGCAACUCAGCCCCAAACAUCAUCAACUGUUGGCCCCACCACCUCGACUCAUCCCCAAACAUCAUCAACUGUUGGCCCCACCACCUCAACUCAGCCCCAAAUAUCAUCAACUGUUGGCCCCACCACCUCAACCCCAAACAUCGUCAACUACUGGCUCCACCACCUCGACUCAGCCCCAAACAUCGUCAACUACUGGCCACACCACCUCAACUCAGCCCCAAACAUCGUCAACUACUGGCCCCACCACCCCGACUCAGCCCCAAACAUCAUCAACUGUUGGCCCCACCACCUCGACUCAGCUCCAAACAUCGUCAACUGUUGGCCACACCACCUCAACUCAGCCCCAAACAUCUUCAGCUGUUGACCACACCACCUCAACUCAGCCCCAAACAUCGUCAACUACUGGCUCCUCCACUUUGACUCAGCCCGAAACAUCAUCAACUGUUGGCCCCACCACCUCAACUCAGCCCCAAACAUCUUUAGCCGUUGGCCACACCACCUCAACUCAGCCCAAAACACAAUCAACUGUUGGCCACACCACCUCAACUCAGCCCCAAACAUCGUCAAUUGUUGGCCACACCACCUCGACUCAGCCCCAAACAUCGUCAACUACUGGCUCCACCACCUCGACUCAGCCCAAACAUCGUCAACUACUGGCCCCACCACCUCGACUCAGCCCCAAACAUCGUCAACUACUGGCCCCACCACCUCGACUCAGCCCCAAACAUCAUCAACUGUUGGCCCCACCACCUCAACUCAGCCCCAAAUAUCAUCAACUGUUGGCCCCACCACCGCAACUCAGCCCCAAACAUCAUCAACUGUUGGCCCCACCACCUCGACUCAAACCCAAACAUCUUCAACUACUGGCCCCACCACCUCAACCCCAAACAUCGUCAACUACUGGCUCCACCACCUCGACUCAGCCCCAAACAUCGUCAACUACUGGCCACACCACCUCAACUCAGCCCCAAACAUCGUCAACUACUGGCCCCACCACCCCGACUCAGCCCCAAACAUCGUCAAUUGUUGGCCACACCACCUCGACUCAGCCCAAACAUCGUCAACUACUGGCCCCACCACCUCGACUCAGCCCCAAACAUCGUCAACUGUUGGCCCCACCACCUCAACCAAGCCCCAAACAUCGUCAACUACUGGCCCCACCACCUCAACUCAGCCCCAAACAUCAUCAACUGUUGGCCACACCACCUCAACUCAGCCACAAACAUCAUCAACUGUUGGUCACACCACCUCGACUCAGCCCCAAACAUCGUCACCCAUUGGCCACACCACCUUGACUCAACUCCAACUCCAACCCAGAUCAAUACCAUUGCAUUGAUGGUGGCAAAGUGAGUUAUGAAAAUAGUGAUGAAUAGAGGGUCAAUCUUGAACAUACUACCCAUCAACUUUUAAUCUGUGACCUCCUGAUAACUCGCCUUAAGUUUCAUAUUAACUACAUCAGUUACAUCAG